CUGGCGGAGACACAGCCCAUCCAUCCCUUCCCUCUCUCUCUCUCCUCCCUCUUGCUUGCCAUCCGCGCCAAAGCCAAGAACCAACUCAUCGGAGGCAGAGACCACAGGCAGGGAAAAGGCAACGAGGGGGGGAGGAGAAAUCAUGGAGCCGAUUUGCUGUGGAGAUUCGGCCGCGUGAUCCGGUCGGAUCUUGCUUUCCUGGGGGGCGACGGUGCCAUGGUGGCCGCCUCCUAUAUCCUUCUCCGCGCUGCUUCUGCUUCCCCCGAGAUGCCGCAUUAGCCACCACUAAGCAGCGAGCGCCCCGUUCCCAGCGGCCGCAAGGAAGAGACCCACCCGGGAAGCAGGAACAGCCGUUCCGCGGCCAUGACGGUGGUCGAUGCCGAGUCGCGGUUCCACGUCCUCGCGGUGGAUGACAGCCUCAUCGACAGGAAGCUCAUCGAGAUGCUUCUCAAGAACUCGUCCUACCAAGUGACCACCGUCGAUUCCGGGAGCAAGGCCUUGGAGCUGCUGGGAUUGAGGGACGAGGCUGCCGAGUCAUCAUCGCCUUCCUCCUCCUCCUCCUCCCCUGACCACCAGGUAAUCAAUCUCCUGUUUGGUGGAUUGGUCUCUCUCUGUUCUGGUCCUGUCUGUGACCAAGCAAUCACGUGUCUGCCUGCCUCACUCUUGCUGCAGGAGAUUGAUGUGAACCUGAUCAUCACUGACUACUGCAUGCCGGGCAUGACAGGGUAUGAUCUGCUGAGGAGGGUGAAGGGGUCCUCCUCAUUGAAGGACAUUCCUGUGGUGAUCAUGUCCUCUGAGAACGUGCCUGCCCGGAUCAACAGGUGCUUGGAAGAUGGCGCAGAGGAGUUCUUCCUGAAACCCGUCAAGCUCGCCGACAUGAAGAAGCUCAAGUCUCAUCUCCUGAAGAAGAAACAGCCCAAGAAGUGUCAGCCGCAGAUCCAGCCAGAGCCCGAGCAGCGGCUGGAGGCACCGCCACAGCCACAGCCACGGCCGGCGCACAAGCCGGAGGAAGCCGUGGCAGAAGUGAUCGCUGAUGGAACGACGACGACAGCCAUCAGCGACUGCAACGCCAGCAACAAGAGGAAGGCGGCGGCCAUGGAGCAGCAGGAGGGGCUGACGUCGCCGGAGAGCACCAAGCCAAGGCUGUCCAAUAACAGCCUGGCAGUGGAGACCUGAAAUAGCAACCGAAUUGAUCAGCCAGAACCCCCUACUAAGAAAUUCUUCUUUUGCUGUUUUUUUUUGUGGAGGCUAAUCAUGGGAUGGAUGGGUCACUAGCUCCUUGGGAGGGGGUUUUAGCUCGAAGUGAAAAACAAUUACGGCAUAUACUUAUAUAGUAGCUUCUUCGGCCUACAAAUUUUGUUGUGAUCAGGAACACCCUUGUGUGUUCGUUAGAAAGAUGAAGGGAAAAAAAAGGGAAGUUGUAGAUAAAGGCAGCUCCUUUGGGUUGCUCUUGUUUAGGCUAAUUUUAGCUUGGUGACGGCUUAUUAUGCCACUGACUGGCUCAAAGGCUGUGUGAUGUGUUUUGCAGAGGUCGAUGGAUCAAUCGGUUAAUGUGGCUCAUUUCUGAUAAAAACUGUUGUGGGACA